AAAAUUCAAAAACUGGGAAGCUAAUGUCGUUGGCGCCUCCUUUCCCUUUCCUUCACCCGCAUAUAUAUUGACAGACCUCUUCACAGUGGCCGAGUUUCACGUUCUCGCUGUGGCACAGAAAUGGAGAACCAGCAAAGUGGCCGAAUCAACGCGUAUUUCAGUGCCUCAAAGCCUCUCCUUCCUCAAAAAAGAGCUUCUGAUUCCUCCACCUCUUCCCCAUACCAAAUCAAGGGUUUAAGCAAUGUUGAUGAUGUUGCGGGUAGGGUUUCAGUUAAGAAGAGAGUUCCUCUUGCAGAGGUUCCGUCGAACAGGCUCCAUUCAUCAGGAAAUCGCGGCGAACCAUCUUCUGAUUCAAUUUGCUCCAAUUCAAGUACUAGGAAUGUGGCUGUACUUCCUUUUGAUGUUGUCGCACAGAAGAAUUUGUGCCAAUCGAAUUUUGAAACUCCGAGGAAAGAAACUGGAAGCUUUAAGCCUGAACCACUUGAUUACUUUUCGGCAAGUGGCCUUUUCGAUGAUGAUUUUGAUGAAUCCAUUUUGGAACAGAUUGACAUUCUGUGUGAACAAAAAACUGCAGAGAAAUGUUGGGAGAAAGUUUCAAGCGAGACCGGUGUAGUUGGUAAUGUUGAUUUGAGUUUUGGAACUAGUGUUGUUUCUGAUUGUAAUGGAAAUGGUGACAUGUUUAGUAAUGGUUUUGGAAUUUAUUUGGAUCCUAAAGAAGAACAAGUGGAUAAUGAUACUCCUAGGAAAAGUUUAGUAAGUGGAACAAUGCCUGAGGAAUAUUCUAAAUACUUGGAAUCCCUAAAUGAAAGGCAAAGAGAAGCAGCUUGUACUGAUAUUUCCACCCCUUUAAUGAUUGUAGCUGGCCCAGGAAGUGGAAAGACAUCCACAAUGGUUGGGCGAGUUUUGAUGCUGCUUAAUGAGGGAAUCAGCCCCUUAAACAUUCUUGCAAUGACAUUUACGACAGCAGCAGCUUCUGAAAUGAGAAAACGUAUUGGAGCUAUAGCUGGGAAGGAAACAGCCAAAGAGCUUCCAAUUAGCACUUUUCAUUCAUUUUGCUUGCAACUUUGUCGUUCACAUGCAGAAAAGUUAGGUCGUACAUCUGAAUUCUUAAUAUAUGGACAGUGGCAACAGCGAAAUGCAAUUAUCGAGGCCACCCGAUUAUUAGAAAACGAAACAAGCAGGCAUAAAAAUGGUGAAUUGUUGAUUGGAGAAACGUCCAAUAGUCUACGGACCCCUAAACAGUUCAAGGAUAAGGCAAAGAAAUGGCAGAAGUUUGUAACUCAGGCCAAAGCCUCAGGAAGAACUUCUGCAGAAUUUCGUGAAAUGGGCAAUGAAAUAGGAGCGGAAGUUCUUGAGAAUUACAGUAACAUAUUAAAAUCUUGCAAUGCUCUGGAUUAUCAUGACUUGAUCAGCUGUUCUGUGAAGCUACUCACUGAUUUUCCUGAAGUUUUCAGAGAAAGUCAGGAUUCAUGGAAAGCUGUUGUUGUAGAUGAGUUCCAAGAUACUAGUGCCAUGCAAUACAAGCUUCUAAAGAUUCUUGCAUCCCAUCAUAAAAUAACAAUUAUCGGUGAUGAUGAUCAGUCCAUUUUCAGUUUCAAUGGAGCUGACAUUUCCGGAUUUAUUUCCUUCCGUAACGAUUUUCCAAACUACAAAGAGAUUAGGCUUAACAAAAACUAUCGGUCCACACGUUGCAUUGUUGAGGCUGCAUCUUCUCUUAUUAAAAAUAAUGCCAAGCGAUGUCAGUCGAAGAAGGUUCUUACUGAUAACUCUUCUGGAUCCAAGAUAGUUAUGAAGGAGUGUCACAAUGAGGAUGCUCAAUGUGCAUUUGUUGUUGACAAGAUCUUAGAAAUUUCAUCUAAUCAUUCAGCAGAGAACUUUUCCUAUGGCAACAUUGCAAUUCUCUACCGUAGGCGGAUAUCAGGGAAAGCCUUCCAAAUGGCUUUUCGGGAUAGGAAAAUACCAUUUAACAUUCACGGUGUGGCUUUUUACAGAAAAAAGGUAGUCAAAACUAUCAUUGCUAUGCUUCAAACAGCUCUGCCUGGUUGUGAUGAUGGCUCAUAUUGUCGAGUCUUCAAGGCUUUACUUCCUUUCGAGAAGGAUAUGAAAAAGAGGGUAGUUGACCAUAUCAACAAAAUUUCAACUAUUAGAAAAUGCAGUUUCUUAUCAGCUGCCUGUGACAUCUUUAGUGCAAAGGUUUCUGGUACUUUUAAAAGGAGUGAGAUUACCCAUGGAAAGAAGGUUUUGAUGACGAUAGAGAUCAUAUCAAAUCUUGUCAACAGGGAAAAAUCAAUUUCAGCUAUCAUAACUUCUGUGGCGAAAAUGAUACCUGAGAAGUACCUUCUUGAGCAACGGGCAACUGUCGAUGUUGAUGGAGGGACAUUGUUGAAUGAAGACUAUGACAUCAGAUCUGUUCUUCAGUAUCUAUUAGAUGAUGUCUCUGAGUUUCUGUCUACCAAAUUCAUUGAGAUAAGAGGGGACAAGGAAAUUGCAGAAGAUAAAGGCUGCACUUUUGCGCUAAAAGCAUUCAUUGAUUAUUUAUUUGAGCGUGAGAAAGAAAAUUUCCGUGCUCGGAGGAAGGACAAUGAAAAUUCUGUGACAUUGACUACCAUUCAUCAGGCAAAAGGUUUAGAGUGGGACUUUGUCUUCAUAGUUAAGGCAAAUGAAUCUGAGAUCCCUCUAUUACAUGAUUUCAAAGGUGUUGUGAAGGACACUGCACCCAUAGUUGAGGAAGAGAGACGUCUACUAUAUGUUGCAAUGACCCGUGCUCGACAGAGGCUUUAUAUUCUCUAUGUCAUGAUGGACUCUAAUUGGCAGAUGCUUCAACCUUCACGAUUUCUGAAAGAAAUUCCCCAUCAUCUUCUAGAGUUUCAGGGUGAGAUAAAUAUGCAAGAACUACAAAUAAAGCUAGAAGAUCAUCAAAAGGAAACUGCCGACUGUAGCACUGAUUUGUUAAUUGAAAAGCAACAAUCGGAGGCUGGUUUGGUCCCUGUGCGUAAUGACCUGCUCAACAAUCAUUUUAGUGGGUCUUCUGAUGAGCUUGCAGAAUUUGCAGAGGCAAACAAUUACAGUGACUUCUUAAGAAGAUUCAGUGUAGAGGACAGAUCUGCUGUUUCCCAUUUAUUCCAUCAAUGGGCCAAAAAGAAAGCAUUUCAAGAUCCAAAGAGGUUGCUAGAUAAGGUUGGUUUUGUAAUUGAUGAACGCCUUAGAGAGAAGAGGAACAAAAAAAAGGAUUUGUUGAACUCACUGAAGUCCUGCUUAUGCUGUGAUGAAGCAAUGCAGUAUGCACAAUAUGUUUUGAGAUGGGAGCAAAUUCCUGCUGAUAAGCGUGCACAUCUUAUGAAGGAAAAACAGGAACAUUUCCUGAAAUUAAAAGUUGAGAAUGCAAUGGGUUCGGCGACACCAACUGACAAGCAGAUCUCAUAUUUGAAGAAACUGGGGUGCACCAUGACCCCUACAUCCCGCCUCCAUGCAUCUCAUCUUAUUGAGCAAUACAAAUCAUUAUAACAAAUUUUCAUUUUUGAUCAUCUACUAAAGUUAAGUUUUGUCAACUUCUACGUUAUGGAACAGUUAUUUGCGUUAAAUUAUUAAAGUAUUUCACAUCCUAUAGGGUCUCAUUGAGUAUAAGAGCAUCCACAACUGGGUGCUUCUCCUAUCUAGGAUCAAAUUAAAUAGACAUCCCAUUGUGGACGAAAAAUUUGGAUGAUUCAAUGUAAGGACACUUUUCUUUUUGUUUUUUGGUGCUUAAUAAAUAGUGGUGAAAAUAAGGAAAAGAAGUUAUUUAUUUUGGCAUCCAUGUUGUACCAAGUCAAAACCAGAAAAAUGGAGACUUCCCGUUCAAAUCAUAUAAUAUAUGAUUCUUUCCAUACGUA